AUGGAGAAGUACGUACUUCUCCAAACUAGUUUGAGGAAACAAAAAUAUCUCAUUGUGAUGGAUGACAUUUGGGAUGUUGAGUUGUGGUGCCAAGUGCAAGCAUCAUUUCCAAAUGACAAGAAUGGAAGUAGAAUCCUAUUUACUACUCGUAUUAAUGUUCUGGCUACAGAAGCUAAAGAGAAAUCCAUUUCACAUGAUCUUUGCUUGUUUUCUGAUGAAAAAAGUUGGCAGUUAAUUGAAGAAAAGCUUUCUCAUUAUGGUGGUUGCCCACAUGAACUUGAAGGAAUUGGAAAACAGAUCGCCACCUAUUGCAAUGGGUUACCAGUAGCGGUUUCCUUGAUUGCUAAUAUUCUUACAAGGAGGGAGCAAAAGCUGGAGUUGUGGAAUGAAGUAGCAGACAAUCUGAAAUCACAUCUCAAUACUGAAGGGUGUGGGAAUGUGAUAGAGCUAAGUUACAAGUACUUAGCUGAUCUUUUGAGACAGUGCUUUCUAUACUUUGGAACAUUUAAAAGGGGAAGAGAAAUUUGUGCCAAGGAACUGAAGUCGCUAUGGAUUGCUGAAGCAUUUAUAGACAAUAAUGGGACACGAUCUUUGGAUUUGGUGGCGAAUGAAUUCUUAAGUAAUCUAAUUUCACAUAGUUUAGUUAUUGUUACCAAAAGAACUUCCAUGGGUGCUAUAAAGUGGUGCACAGUUCAUGAUCUGCUCUAUGACCUGUGCUUAGAGAAAUCAUUGGAGGAGAAAUUUUUGCUUUGGGCGGAUCAUAGCACCAUUUUCGAAGAAUGGAAUUCCAGUUCACAGAGGUAUAUACACCAUAGACUUUGCAUUAAAAGAAUUGACCCUUUCAUCAAACCACCACCCGCUAUCACUGGAAGGAAACUACCAACAAGCCAGAUCUUCCGGAUCGCGGUGGCGUGGGUACUCACCGGAGUGAUGAUCACAAUUUCAGCGGUAAUUCUUCUAAUUUUUGUUGAUGUUUACAACUUGCAUGAUGGAAUUAACCCAUCACUUAGGCUAGUUUCCGUUCAAUUGAAUGAUGUCAAUUAUCUUAAUUGGAGUCGAUCUGUUCGAACUUUGCUUGAGUCGAAAAUGAAGUUCAGUUUUGUCGAUGGUACUUGUUUGAUGCCGCCUCUUUGCACAUUUGGGUAUAUGCACUGGAAACAGGCCGAUAGCAGUGUUAAGUCUUGGUUAGCUGUAGGGGUUUCUCUAGAUAUUAUCGAAGUGUUAAUCAAUUGGAAACAAGGUGAUCAGCCACUGUUAAAGUACUAUAAUGGUUUGAAGAAGUUGUGGGAUCAGUAUGAACAUUUCAGGCCUUUUCCAGAGUGUCCACCGGCUGUGUCAAAGAUACUGAUUGAGCGAGAUAAUGAGGACAAGCUAGUACAGUUUAUUCUAGGGCUGAAUGAUUCUUUCCAGGCAGUGAAGGAUAACAUAAUGAUGAUAGAGCCUUUGCCUAUGGUCAGCAAAGCUUAUGCCAUAGUACUUCAGAUUGAGAAACAGAGAAAUCCUGUCUUAGUUGGGCCGCCAAUUAUUGGUAAUUCAGCUUAUUCAGUUACUCCAAGUCCAGUAUCUUAUGCUAUACCUGGUGGCAAUUCUGUGUUACUUGCAAAAGCACAAUUUGGAAGAGGGAAAAGACUGAGAGUAGCUAUGAAUAUGCAAAGAGGAAGCUGGAAAAAGCUGCUAAGUUAUGGAAGUAAAGACAAAGGUCAGAAAAAGGCGUUUGCACAUCUUGCAGAAGUCGAUACUUCAUUGGAUUAUGCACUAGGUGGGAUUACAAGCUCGGAGGCAGAUAUUCAUUCACGGAUGCAGAAGUUCAGCAAUUUGCAACAAGAGUUCACCAGAGCCAUCAAAGUAAAGGCUACUGCAGAUUCAGACUUGGCAUCUUCGUCACAAGUCAACUUUGCUCAUUUCGGGGAGUUUGCAGUUAGCCAUUGA